AUGGACUCCCUCGAGCGGAUCGCCGGCUGGCGAGCCAUCCACAGCCAACUCACCACCCUCCUCGGACACUCCCACCUCAUCGACAGCCUCUACCAGAUCACCAACCACGGCAAACUCAUCAGCGGCUGCACCGGCCUCAUCCAGCUGGUCGCAGACCUCUGCGCACGCUCGAUCGACCAUCUCCAAGCCAGCCUGCCCCUCCUGCGCGCAAACAACCUGCUGCUCAUCCCCACGCACACCCAGGCACCCUUCCUCAGACUGCCCGACCCUGCACCCCACUCCCAGAUCAUCCAGCACGCCGCCGGCCUGCUCACCCAGAUCAUCAAGUUCUCCUCCCCACAGCUCUCAACCGAACACGUCAAGCUCAUCAUCCACCUCUUCAUCAACCGCAUCGGCCUCAGAACCAGCUUCGAAGCCCACCUCACCAUCGUCCUCGACUACAUCGACACCCUCGUCACCUUCGGAUACGUCCCCACUCGCCCGCUCCUCAGCCAGGAACUCGAUGGUGCCGCACUGCUGAUCGACCUCGUCCGCUUCGUCGCUAGGAUCGUCGGCCUCCAGCCACUCCAGGCUACCGUCAAUGUCCUCAGGGCUCUCGAACCCAAGCAGCACUCCGAUCUCAUCGAUCUCUCAUCAUCUGACCUUACUAUCCCAUUGCAACUCGUAGUCGAAGCUACCACCCCUCUAGACCCUGCCAUCAUCCAACAGGCCAAGGCGUGCAUGAAGGACUUGAUCCGAUCACCAGCCAACCAAGCCAUCAAGUCACUCCUCUCCACCCUGACGGCAGACGACCCCAGGAUCGACGAAUGCUCAAAGGUCGGCGCCAUCCGCUGUCUCAGGUAUGCCUUCGAAGACUACGACCAGAUCUACAAGCAGGCCAGGCCAGCAGCAGCCAGCUCGGCCGAAGAAGAAGCAAGCGGGGUAGCCACCAGCCUCACCCUGCUCGGCCUAGGCCUCCUGCUCGUCAAGGAGCCUCUCGAGCACAUCCUCUCAUCCCCCAGCCGAACCAGUCUGGCCAUCGAUCACGAGAUCCUCAUGCUCAUCUACGAUCGUCUCUACUUUCGUCUACAGCCCAACAAGACUUCGAUCAUCGCCAACCUGAUGAAGGAAGACGACCUCGACUGCUGUCUAGAGCUCAUGCUACUCUUCUCCAAAGAACGUCUCCCGCAUUGGAUCAAUGAUUCUGAAUGGUCUUUGGACUUCGAUCUAGAUGACAGCAUUCUUCCAUCUCCCCAGGAUCAGCUCAAAGACACACAAGGAACUAAUCAGUCUCCCCUGGUACCCUUCGGAAAGAUAUUCACACUGCUCUUUAUCCGACGCGCAGAAGAGACUCGCUGUGCUGCUGCUGAUGGUGCUCAAGACAAACUGUUGGAAUUGAUGAGCUGGAAUCUGAUCACCAUCGACAAGUACUACAGCCUUUCGAUCAUCCUCUCCCGAUACCUCUCCACCCCACUCAAGCUAUCCCUGAUCGAUCAAAUCCAAUCCGAUCAAGUCUGUUCACCCGAAAAUCCAUCUUGGCUCUCCAACCUCGUCCUCCUUCUCGACGGUUUCUUUGAAUUCGAUGUGGAUCGCACCACCCUCACCAAUAAUAACAAUAAUAAUAAUAAUAAUAACAUUAACAAAUCGACUGUCAAAUCAUCAGCUCCAUCAGGCUCUUCCUCACCUGCUGACUCUCAAGUCCGACUGCUUCGGUUGAUCCAUGAGAUCUUUAUGGAAAUCAGGGACCUGGAAGAGUGGAGAGAAGAACUCUUACAAGAGGUCGUCAUCCCCACGCUCAGCCGGUUUCUUUUACUGCCGGACCUUCGCUCCUGCGACAAUCCAGUUCUGAUCGACUUGGUCAUGGAUCUCAUCAGAGAGGUCACUCACAACGAACUCGUCAACGAGCUUCUCUCUAAUCAAGACCAAACAGUCGGCGAACAGGAAAGCCACCAAGAUCCCACCGGCAACAAGUCGUUAGAUACCUACGACCGGCUUCGCAAGUUACUCAUGACAACGGCCAAGAUGGGCCAGCUGAUCGAUAUUGAGGACAUCACCCAACUCACCCAAUCAACAAGAAGCACUCAGCAGUCUGAUCUUGAUUCAAUUCCGCCGGCCCAGAACGAAGCAAUCCCCAAUCUAAGUCUCCCCAGCACCCCCUUCAGCACCCCUUCAUCUCUGCCACUCAAAGCUUCAACCACUACCAGCACAACAAUCUCUAACACCAUCUUCAGCCCUCAUCGUCUCUCAUCUAAUAACAACGAACAAGCUUCUCAGCGUUGCGAUCCGGUCUUCGCCAAGCGGCAGCAUGAUCUUAGCUACAAGGCUGUCGUCACCUUGAUCAGAAUGCUGACCGACAGUCUCAAGAUCUCGACCGGCUACUCCAACGCCAAAUGUGUUUCGAUCUUUGUCGAUCUAAUCGGCCUGCUUCGACCGGCAAACGGGCUCAUCAAUUCUUCUUCAAAUCCACACAGCCAUCAAGCUCAAUCCGGGCUUCCUCAUUCAUUCAGCUUGGGUGAUUUGGACCAUGAUCUCCAACGUAAGGCCGAUGAAUCUCAGAUCGAUAAUCGCGCCCGUCUAGCAAUCUUGAAAUGCUUGCUGAGGUUAAGAGCCGACGAGGAACAUCGCAUCCAGUUCGUCAGAGACUUGGAAAUCGAAGGAUUGGCUCAAAUCAUUGGCAGGGUCAUUGAUCCAUCCCGAUCAGAUGCAUCUGCGCUUCCUUCUCCUGAUAAAAAGGCGUGUGUCAGCCCUGCAACUUCUAAGCCACGCGCUGCACCUACCUUUUUUCGUGAGAAUUGUGAACCUGGAGCGACCAACAUGGGAAAGAGGUCGGCCUCGAUGACCACCAAUGCAACGGCUACGAUCGGAACGACUGAGCCUUUGGACGAAGGCAAGCCACUCUGGACCGUUCCAGACAACUUGAAUGAGUUUGGAUGGGAGCCCAAGAUUGAAACCCAGUCAACUCACUGCCUGGUCACGUACGACCACAUCGUCCGCAAAGAUUGGGAUCCCUCUCAGGAUCACCUCUCGGUCAAGAACAACAGUCCCAGUACCUGUCAUCACGUCGUUCGGCACAUGACCAUCCUGCCGAUCCCCGACUACCUGGCAGUCUUGAUCGCCAUCCUGCGCUACGAAGUGGAUUGGGAACUGGUCUCUUAUGUACUCUGCCACCUGCCUGGCCAGCUCAGUAAUAAACAUUUCACUUGCGAGCCCCGCGCCUCACAGCAGAUCCAUCAAUUACGCCGGUUUCUCUGCAGCGGAAUCAAAACUGAUACCCUGCUCCACCAAGUCCGCUUCCCGCCGCGUCAGAGGGUCAAGUUGACCGAUGCACAUGCGAUCUCCUACCAAACCCUUUCCACCUUGAUCGCAUACAAGGCGCUUUUUGACAAAUCGCAAGCGGAUGAGAUGGUCGGCGCGUUCGUCAAAGGGCUGAGCAAGUACAAAGAUACCGCCAAGGCCUGCAUCCAUGCACUCUCUCUAGCCUGCCAUGAGCUACAACCUUCCAUCACUAAAUUCCUUCCCGAGAUCCUGCGUGGGUUGACGAAAAUCGUCUCCUCAGCCUUCGUCUCGGUCCACAUUCUAGAGCUACUGGGCUUUCUGGGUCAGAUCCCUUCGCUCUAUGCAAAUCUCACAGAGGAAGAGUUUAAGAUGAUCUUCGGUAUAUCCUUACAAUACAUCACCACCCAUAAUCAACUCCAGCAGCUAGAGGAGUCCCGAUCUGCACACGCAUCCGCCAACCACCACACACCCCCAAGGGCUGCUGGGAUCUCGACAUCAGAAAUCUCGCUCGCCGAGGACGUCGAGUUGGCAUUCCAGCAAUACGUCUAUUUCAUGGCAUUCUACAUCAUUGCGCUCUGGUUCGUCUCACUCAAGCUUCCGGAACGCAAGAAGUAUGUCACCUUCAUCACCCGCAAGCUCGUCCAAGCGUGUGAGGGCAAGCAGGGCCUUGACGAGCCUACAGAAGUGUGCUUUGAUAUGCUGAAUCGGUACACCUAUUCGAAUGCCGAGCCGAAACCAAGGAUGAAGCAGUCCAAAUUCAAUCAGAUCAUCAACUCAUCCCUGGGCAAGUCGGUCCGGACGACCAGCUGGAUCAUCGGCAACUCGAUCCUGACCAUCAAAUGUCUCAGUCGGCCUGGCUGGACGGAGGUCUGUGUGAAGCGACCGAGUGGAAUGGUCAAGAUGAUCUGGGAAUUGGAGAACCUCAGCGGCGACUAUGGCGCCUCGGAGCAAGACGUCUUGGAGAUGGUGAUCCGACACCGGGACACGCUGAACUCGGCUGCUCCGGAAGAUGAUGGCUUGGGAGAUGAAACGGCUGAUGCUCAGCAGCAACAGAAGGCUGAAAAGCCUCCUGGUGAUCGAUCCCCGCACCAGCCCCGGGGAGAAGUCAGUUUGGAGUCGGUCCUCGAGCAGUCUGAAGAAAUCACUCGGACGACAGGCAUCGAGCCUAACUACACCAACCUGUCGGUUGAGCCUAGCUUCUUUGCCCUUCAACUGUUCCCGUUCGGAGAUCUUGGAAGCCCGACGCUUGAAGAUUCGCCCUCGAAUUUCAGGCCACUCAAGGUGCCCGACCAGCCGAUCUUUCAGCGGGCGGUCGAGAUGAUCGACUACCUGCCCGUCGUGGAUUUCCACAAGAUCGGGGUGAUCUAUGUGGGCCCGGGCCAGACGACGGAGGAGGAGAUCUUGGGGAACCGGGAAGGCUCGAAGGCGUACAUCAACUUCCUGAGCUCGCUCGGCCAGCUGGUGCGGUUGAAGGGGUGCGAACAUUAUAACACGGGAGGACUGGACUCGAAGAACGACUCUAAUGGGAAGUUUGCGUACAUGUGGGGCGACGACAUCACGCAGAUCUGCUUCCAUAUCGCCACGCUGAUGCCGACGAGUCGCGACGAACAGCCCUCGGGCCCGGACCCGAUCAUGGCCAAGAAGGCGUUGAUCGGCAACGACUUUGUGGUCAUCGUCUUCAACGAUUCCGGCCAGGAGUACCGCUUCGACUGUCUGAAGUCCCAAUUCAACUUCAUCAACAUCAUCAUCGAGCCCAACACGCCCAUCAACUCCACCCUCAACUUGCAUGCCGGAGUCCAGCAGGAACUCAAGUUCUUCAAGAUCAGUCUUCAGCGCAAGAAAGGCUUGCCCAAGAUCGGCCCGAUCGCCGAGAACUUCAAGAUGAUCUCGAGCUCUUGUCUCUCCGACUUCGUCCGCCGUCUCUCGCUGCAUUGCAACACUUUCUCGCAGGUCUAUCUCGCCUGUGUCGGCACCGACCACCGCUCCCCGGCCCCGGCCCCGUCGGCGUCGGCGCAGCAGACGCAGGACGACCAUCCCAAUCCGCUCAGACUCCAUCUCCAUCCCGGCCGGAGGAAGCUCGAGUUCGUCAGUAACUGGCGGGCCCGGCUGCGCGAGAUCAAGCGGCUGAAGGAGCGCAUCGCCAAGCUCGUCCCCGCUCCCGCACCCUCCGCCGCUCCCGACGACCCCGGCGGCAAGAUCCCGCUCGUCGUGCCCCCGCCAUCGACAUCGAUAACAACGAACUCGACGACGACGACGACUGUUGGGUCUUCGUCUUCAUCGACGACUGGCCCAGCCUCGACUCUCUCGACGCCGGCGCCCGCCCCGCUGCCGCUCCUCGACCCGCUCCCGCCCUCCCAUCCCUCCACAUCGCCCGCUCCUCUCGCCGCAACCUCGAACACCACGCCCGCCUCGCUCGCCCCUCUCCCUGCUGCCUCCUCCUCAUCUCCCUCGUCGGCCGCCAGCACGCCCGGCCCUCCUAAUCCUGCAUCCACUUCGACACCCACUAUGUCGGCGACCACGACGACGAGGAGACUCUCGAGUAUGAUGUUCGACGUCGACUUGUUGGCCCAGAACCUCGACUUCAGCUCCUGGACCGACUAG